AUUAGAUCCGGCCCUCAUCAACAUCAUGAUAUGCCAGUCUCAAGGUUCCCAAAUAUCACACCCCGCGAUAGUCACCGGUACCAGGCAACCUGCGGAAGGAGUUGGAUGGACGUGUGGGUUCUCCAGAAGGCGGGGCUUUGGCGGUACCCUGGAGGACGGGUAUAGUGUGCCGACCAAGCAGCUCUUCUUGUGUCCACCAUCUCCGUGGCUAUCUGAGGACAAGCCGUAGAGCUCAGAACAGGCUAAUCAUCAGGGCCACCAUCGCAGGCUUCCUAUCAGUAGUGAGGUCUCCGGUCUGCGUUUCGCCUCUCGAUGCAUGCUUGAGCCAUGAAUCCGCGAGCCAUACAUGCGCUCAAGGCAACGCCCGAUGACGGGAGACGAAUAGACUGCACUCCUGCGGCGGUAUCUUGGGUGUCCAAUCAAGCCAUAUCCAGUCCCCUACUACAAGGUUGUUCAUCAAGAGCGCCGACGCCUACGCCACCCCAAGAUGAUCCCCAACUGCAUCUCAU